UUUUUCUCCCAGUGGCGUGGGCAGGCAGGUUCUCUUUGCGCUGUUUUUUUGGGGUGGUGGUGUUCCCCCCUUUCCUAAAGAUGGAAUCGACCUGCAGAGAUUGGCGGUAGGCCGGGCGGGCGACUAGCCAGCCAGCCUGUAUCGCUCACGCAGCAUCCUCCAUCUAUCCUGGCCGCGGGCUCAAAGGCUCUCUCGUGCGUUUUGCCUCCCCCACACAAUUUCUUAGCUUGCUCCCACAGAAAUGAUCCUUGUCCCGCCACCCAUUGCCUCCUUCCCCAGCCGAAGACAACCCUCUCUUCCAGUUAUCUCCCCUCACAUACGCACGCGCGCGCGUUUUGUGGGGAGCCUUGCCCAUGUGUGUGCGUGUAUUUAUAAGAGGGGAUUUAGGGCGUUUUAAUUAUAUAUACGCCCCAGCCACUUUGUUGGUCAUAAUGUUUCUGGUGGUGGGCAAGAGCAUGUAACCGAAGAUAGUGUGUGUGAGUGGGGGGAGAGGAGACAGAGAACGUGGCCGAAUUCACUGGUGCUUUUUUCGCCAUGGACGACCGCGGGGGAGGAUGGUAACCGAAGCAUAAGAAGUCUCUCUCCCCUUUGAAUGUGAGCAGCAGCAGCAGGAGAAGAGGCGGAGGAUUUGGUGACAGUGGAAGCCCCGCCCGCUGCCUGGGCAGGGGGGCCGUCCUGCGCCCCCCCCCUAGAAGAAGCUGGACUGGCUUCUUUCUUUCUCUUUCUCUCCCCCCACGCACUCCCCUCCUUCACUCUCACAUUCACACACGCACGCACGCACGCAGAGCAAGUCUCUCGCGCUUCCUUAUGCAGACAGACAGGGAGACAGAAGAUGGCUGACUCGCCAGGGCAACCCACAGUCCAGCCCGCCUGCAUCCCCAACCCUCCGAGAGCCGCUUUCUCCUUUGACACUCGCUGACGCCUUCGCCCAGCACUGAAAGUCGCCACCCCCAGGCCUCCCUCCCUUUCCACAAGCUUCCCCCCUCCCCACGAACCCAAAUAAUACCAGCAGCCAUUUCAUCUCCACCAAAGUAGAUACACACAAAAAAUGGCAGAAAUGGAGAAAGAAGGGAGACCUCCAGAAAAUAAAAGAAGCAGGAAACCGGCUCACCCCGUGAAAAGGGAAAUCAAUGAAGAGAUGAAGAACUUUGCAGAAAACACCAUGAAUGAGCUCCUUGGCUGGUAUGGGUAUGAUAAGGUUGAAUUAAAAGAUGGAGAAGAUAUUGAAUUCAGAAACUACCCUGCAGAUGGGGAGAGCCGACAGCAUAUUUCUGUUCUAAAAGAAAAUUCUUUGCCAAAAACACAAUUACCUGAAGACAGUGUUAUUUCAUCGUACAAUAUAAACACAACCUAUCCAGGACUUACCACAGGAAACGGACUCUCAGACUCACCAGCAGGGUUAAAGGAGCAUGGGAACGUACCCAUUAUUGUACCAUUAAUUCCACCACCAUUCAUAAAGCCACCAGCAGAAGAUGAUGUGUCAAAUGUACAAAUAAUGUGUGCCUGGUGCCAGAAAGUGGGAAUCAAGCGCUAUUCUCUAAGUAUGGGGAGUGAAGUAAAAUGUUUCUGUAGUGAGAAGUGCUUUGCAGCUUGCCGAAGAGCAUACUUCAAGAGGAACAAGGCUAGAGAUGAAGAUGGACAUGCUGAAAAUUUUCCCCAGCAGCACUAUGCUAAGGAAACUCCAAGACUUGCCUUCAAGAAUAACUGCGAACUACUUCAUCUUUCUUUAACUCCAAAGUUGUUUCACGAACACCACAGUCCUGUGAAUAUAUACUUGGAAGUAUGUGACUGGUGUAAGCACAUAAGACACACAAAAGAGUAUCUGGAUUUUGGGGACGGGGAAAGAAGGCUUCAGUUCUGCAGUGCAAAAUGUCUCAAUCAGUACAAAAUGGACAUUUUCUACAAAGAAACACAGGCCAAUCUUCCAGCUGGACUUUGCAGCACAUUACAUCCUCCAGUCGAAAAUAAAGCAGAAGGCACUGGAGUGCAGCUGCUGACUCCAGAUUCUUGGAAUAUACCGCUAGCAGAUGCUCGGAGAAAGGCCCCAUCCCCAGCGUCUGCAGCUGGCCAAAUUCAAGGUCCUGGACCAUCAGCAUCUACCACUGCCUCUCCGCCUGACACUGCCAACUGCUCUGUCACUAAAAUCCCAACGCCUGUUCCCAAAUCUAUUCCCAUCAAUGAGAAUCCAAAUAUUCCACCAGUUUCUGUUCAGCCACCUGGUAAUAUUGUGCCUCCAAUUGGUGUCCCACCUCGAAGCCCUCCCAUGGUGAUGACAAAUCGUGGGCCGGUACCUCUGCCCAUAUUCAUGGAACAGCAAAUAAUGCAGCAAAUCCGCCCACCAUUUAUUCGAGGGCCACCUCAUCAUGCCUCAAAUCCUAACAGCCCUCUGUCCAAUCCAAUGAUUCCUGGAAUUGGUCCACCCCCAGGUGGUCCUAGAAAUAUGGGCCCCACUUCCAGCCCUAUGCAUAGGCCAAUGCUGUCCCCUCAUAUUCACCCUCCAACAACUCCAACCAUGCCUGGAAAUCCCCCAGGUUUACUACCCCCUCCACCCCCGGGUGUCCCUUUGCCUAGUCUUCCCUUCCCUCCAGUAAGCAUGAUGCCAAAUGGUCCUAUGCCCAUGCCGCAGAUGAUGAACUUUGGCUUGCCAUCUCUUGCCCCAUUGGUGCCACCCCCAACCCUUUUAGUGCCAUAUCCUGUCAUUGUUCCUUUACCAGUUCCUAUCCCCAUUCCUAUCCCUAUUCCUCACAUCAAUGAUUCCAAGCCCCCAAAUGGCUUCUCCAGCAAUGGAGAAAACUUCAUUCCAAGUUCAUCCACUGAUGCAACUGGGACAAAGCCAACCAAUAAUUCUGUGUCCCCCAGAGAUUCGAAACAAGGGCCUUCCAAGUCCUCUGACUCAACUCCAAGCUGCUCAGGCCAGUCCUUAAAUCAAACACAAGUGCAUCAGGAGCAUAGUAAAAAUGAAGUUGUUGAUUUGACUGUGAGACCUACUAGUCCGGUGAACAAGUUGGGUUUUCCUACAGUACUACAGGGACCACAGGAUGGUGUGAUAGACUUAACUGUAGGUCACAGGUCUAGACUACACAAUGUUAUCCACAGGGCUUUGCAUGCUCAAGUCAAAGUUGAAAAUGAAGCCAACAGUGUUGUAAAUCUGACUUUUGGUAGCUCAGAUAAAAGGAACUGCAAUGACUGCAGGAACAAUUGCAGCCCUACUGAAGCAAAAACUUUACCUUGUAGUGACCCAGUUCACUGUGGGCCCAUCACGCUGCCGUCUGGCACUUCAGAAAAUAGUACGGCCGCAGGUUGCAAUGUCAUUGUGAAUGGCACAAAGGGCCCAGAGGUUUCUAAGAACCCAGAGCAGCCCCAAGAGCAGAAAAAGUCUCAACCUCUGGAAGAAUUGCCAGUGAGUGAGCUGGAGUCUGUCAAAGAGAACAAUUGUACAUCGAACUGCCGUCGAGAAGGAGAAUCUGGUAAGAAGACUGGGGAAGAACCCCUGUUUGGGGGAGACAAACAAGAUCCCAACCUUAACAAUCCUGCAGAUGAGGACCAUGCAUAUGCUUUGCGGAUGCUACCCAAGGCAGGCUGUGUCAUCCAGCCUGUGCCAAAACCAGUGGAAAAGACUGCUAUUGCACCAUGCAUUAUUUCAACACCAAUUCUCAGCACAGGGCCAGAAGAUCUGGAGCCACCACUGAAAAGGAGGUGUCUCCGAAUUCGAAAUCAGAAUAAGUAAAGGAAUGCUCACUUUGACAGGGUACUUGCAUGGAGAAAGGGAGCAGAUCAAACCAUGCUACUUCACUGAACAUCACCAGCUGGUCCACUCACCACCCCUUCUGGUUAACAGUCCAGCAAACAAAGCCACUUCCCAUCAUUAAUUCUCUCAGAGGGAAGGCUCAAAUCCUUGGGUGCCUUUGGCUCAGAAGACUGUAAGCACAUCAUGGACCCCACGAAGUAUGUUCAGCAUUCCGACUACCAUCUCCCCUUUUCCCUUUCCCUUUGGGUUCUUGCCGAUGGAGGAUUUUCCUCUAAUUUCUAAAGCCACAUGGACCAAUGUAUGUACUUUUUUGUCACUGACUUCAGUGUUCAGAUAUUUGAGGCUGGACAAUGAAAUGGAUUUUUUUCCCCAAAAACUGCUGUGGUUUUGCUGCUACACUAAGAAUUGUGAUUUGCAUUGUAUGGUUUCGGACCUAUUUGCGUUUUUGAUGGGAGGGGGGUGAAGGGACUAUACUGGAGUAUUGACACUUCAGAAUCAUCUCUAUCUCUUACCCAUGAUGCACUUUUAAAUGAAGAGUUAUUAGAAUAUUUUAUUGGCUAAUAUACUUUUUUCCCUUGUUAUUUUUGCAAAGGCCACCUUUAUCCUUUUUAUUGCCAUAUUUUCAGUGUUACACUUUUAUGGGUUUUUUAUUUUUAUUUGACAGAGUAAGAAGCAGCAUGAAUAGUUUAUACUGUGGUUUUUCAGAGUCUGAAUGCCAAGAGAACUCAGUAAAUGUUUAUUCCUCUCCGCUUUCUCUUUCAAUUCCCCUAAAUAGCACCCCAUUUGGGAACAGAGCAAGAGUGUUGAACUAAAGACCAAAAAGGGAAAAAAAGGAUCCCCUCAAGGUGUAAAACUAUCUGGGGAAAAUAUAUGCUGGGUGUUAUGAAAGACUUGGAUGAAAUUUCAACUCUGAUGGUUUUUCAGUGAUCCAGGAAGCCAGUGAGACAAUCUCUCCAGAUGCAGACCCCUUUCAUGAUAAUUAGAAAGGUAUGGCCAAGCCAAUGAAAACACAGGGGUAAAGUGAGAAGAAAGCCCCCAUGAUUCUGUUUCACUGUUUGCUUUCUCCUGUCAUGGUUAAAAGAAAUGUGCAAUUCGAUCCUCAGUUGGUGGGUGGAGGAUAACAGGGUAGAAUUUACUUGUGUGCACUUGUAUAGUUGUAGCCAAGAGUCCAAAAGAACACUAGAGCAUGUAUGCUGGCACUGAUUUGGUAAAACAAUUGUGGAGUAUCCCAUUCUGACAAAAUACUAAGGGGGGGAUGUGGGGGGGAAUCAUAAAAAUAUGUUCAAAUCACCUUGUGAUCCAGUGUAACUGUUUACUAACUUGAAUAAAGCAAUUGUUCACGCUAUAAUGUCCAGAGUACACUUUUACUAUAAGGCUAUUGUAAUUAGCAAACAGAAAGCAGUUUGGAUAGGACAAGCUUCAAGGAGUUGGGGGCAGGGUCUUAAAAGCCAAUCAGAUCAGAGCCUUAUAGUAAUCGUGUGCUGAGGGCACUAUGUACAUACUGUAUUUCUAUAUUUUCCUUUGUACAGAUUCACUUAAGUCAAGCUACUGUUUUACAGGUGCUCCUUAUUUAUUAGGGCUGUGAAGGCUUCGAAAACUACACCCAACGAGCAAGCUCGCUUUUUUAAAAAAUAAAAUACAUGAAAAAUUAAAAGGUGAGGGACUGGGGGGAGGGAAUGGGAUGGGGGAAGAGCCCAUGAGCCCAUGGAGUGAUUUCAAAACCGAAGAGAGACAAAUUUCUAUGGGGAAAAUGAAGCACUUUUAAAAUGCUUCUGGUUGUCCUGGGCUCACACCAUUUUUCUUUCUCCCUGGCUGGUGUCAGAUUUAUUAAAACAAAAUAAAUC